AUGCCGCUAGAAACUCGACAACUGAAAAAUCUGAAAGAGAUGCCACCGACGACUCCAUCUACUCUGGCUCAUUGGAGUAAAAUGACAAAUGAUGUGAGAAGAAUUGUCGUUGGACAUUUGGAUUAUGGUUCCAGAUGCAGCAUGAAACUAUGCUCUAAAAGUGAUUAUUAUCUGGUGAAUAUGACGAAAUUCAAAGCAAAUAAUAUCUUGAUUAGAGGAGUUAACGACCGAGACGAGGAAGGGGUCCAUAUUGGAAUUGAUUCAUUUUCGAUCUGGUUCAUUAAAAAAGAUAAUACAACAGAAAUUGAAAGAGGAUGGAAUGGAGAGAAAAUAGAAAAAUACAAAGAAAUUAGACAAGAGGAUCAUUAUGAUAGGAGUCGAAGAUUUUUGGAUAAAUAUCAUCAGAAAUUCGGGAUGCUGAAUGCAACAAGUGUUCAUAUUGUAAUGGUUUCAUUUUCACCGUCUCCAAAUUGGAAAAUCAAAUGCGACAACUUCGAAAUCUUUGAAGGACCGUUGGAUUGGCUCAAUGCAUCCGUUUCUCGAAAAUACAAAAGUUUGGAAAUCUUCGAUGUAACAAAUCUUGAUUGGGCAGUCGAUGAAAGAAUGUUGGAAGCUACUGAUAAAUUAAACCUCAUAUCGGAAAAUGACAUGACGGAUGAUCAGUUGGGAACAGUGAAAGCCACUGAUGUUUGGCUUCACUCCAAUCGUAUCACUACAAAUGGACUGAUCAAGUAUUUGGAUUAUUUCAUCAAAAACGGCAAGAAAACUGACCGUAUGAAGAUCUCUCUCGAUAUUGGUAAAUUCAACUACGAACAGCUAAUGGAGUUCUUAGAACCGAAAUCAACAGGAUUGGUGCCAGAAGCUCCGUUUCGCAUGUGGAUGUUGGAAGGAAUUGAGAAUGUACAUGGAGUGAACAAUCCAAGAGGGGUUACUAUCGGUUGGCCACAGCCGUACCCCCAUUUUACAGUUGGCUGUUACGUUAUCGAUGACAAAGAGUUGAAGAAAAUAGAAGAGGAUAAAAGGAAGCAGAGGGAGAAGAGUAUGAAACAGAAGAAGAAUAAGAACAACAAAAAGAAGAAGACUGUGAAGAGAAAAAAGAAAACACAGAAGAAGAAGAAGAAUAAUAGAAGGAGAAGAUAA